CUUUGUUUAUGUUUUGUCUGUGUGUGUUGAUUGUGCUUUAAAGUUUAAACUGAAAAUCGUUCUUUUCAUAAAUAAACUAACAAAAAUGUUGCUUAGGAGGAAUCUACUUGAAACAUUGACAAUAACAUCGUGCACCGGCACAGCGUUAUGCAUAUUUCUGAACUGCGUGACCAGCAUUUCGCCUAUUACAGGCAUAUGGUUUCUGACUUACAUAUUAUUUAUGUUUAUUAGUUCAGUCAUCUGUAGUUUCAAGUUUAUGCAAUGGUUGCUUCAUUUAAACAAGCCCAUAAAGUAUGAUGUAGAAGGAAUUUUGAGUAAGUAUCCUUUCUUGGCCGGAGUUCUACCUCAAGUGGCCAAAAAGGUUGAAAAAGGCCAAAGUAAAGAGUACGACACUAACGAGCUGAGUAUUAUUACAACUGUGCUGGAAAAAAGGCUGGUGUCGUCGUGGUACGUGACCUACAUAUCCGAGGAGAUCGGCUUUCCCUUUGCGUGCAAGCAAAUGUUAGAUCAGAUGAUUUCUAAGGCAUUUCAAAUUUGUGACAAAAUUGAAACUAAAGAUGUGUAUGUUGACAUUUGUGCUAUACUACUGAGCCAUCUAAAAGAAUACAAAAAGGCAAUAAAGAGACAUGAAACAAACCCUGAGGCCAAAUUAGAAUCCCUUUACAAAAAGAUUCAUCCCAUCUCAGAGAAUAAUAUUAAAAAUAACAUUUCUGCUGAUCAUUGUAUUAACUUACUACGCAUAGUUUUAAAAGAGUUGGUGCCAUGGGAACUAUGGGAUACACCAUAUUCUGAAUUGCUUGUUCGAAUCCUUGCAAAAAAACUCAAUAUAUUCAUUGAAAAUACUAUAUCCAAUCCUAUAUGGCUGAAUGAUAGACUGUUAACAAUUUUAAAUGUACCAGAAAAUAAUAUUGAUGGGAAUGAAGAAGAAAAAACAGGAACAAAAGAGAAUGCUGAGAAGAAAAAUAAAGAAAAGACUGGCAUAACAGAACAGGAGUCCAUUGAUAAAAAAAAUAUAGCAGGUAAAGUUUCAACUCAACAAGAAAAAGACACGGUUAUUUCAAAUACUGCAGAGAAGAAAGAGACUAAUAUUGAACCACCAAUAAAGACUAUGAAAACACCAAGUUUGCCUAAAGCUACAGAGAGUCCAGUGCAUAUGCAGAGAAUUGUUGAAGAGCAAGAUGUGAAAAAGCAGGAUGUUGAGGAUAUUGCAUCAGAAACUGAGCCAGUGGAGAUUAAACCGAUAUUGAGAAAAAACAGGGGCCGACAGGGGAGGAAUGAAGUCAAAAUUUAUGAUAGAAUCAUUGAAGGCAGUGUGAAGACGUGGGAGACGGACAUGGACCUGCAGUGCAUCAGUGUGGGACAGGACCUGCUGGCCAGCCUGGACGAGAUGACGCUGAGCCGGCUGUGGGGGCACGAGGAUGCUGAGCACAGCCCCAGUCUGCGGGGCACGUCGCCACAACCUUUGUGGUUUGGUGAAGAAGACGCGAUCGAGCUGGACGUCGAGGUCCCCCGGGAGGCGCGCAAGGAGCACCGAGAGCCCAAGGAGCUGAGCCCCAAGCCCGGCGAGCUGCUCAAGGACCUGCAGAGCACCGUGAGCCAGGCCAAGGCCAAGAUCGGAGACCUGCAGGUGUUGACACAUGUGCCACCGACCAGUGACGAGGCAGCUGGUAUGAUGGAGGGGUUGCUGGACAAGGGUAUCGCGGGACUCAAGAAGGGGCUAAGGUUCACAGGACUAGGGGAUGAUACGCAGUUGGCAGCCUUCAAAGAGAAAGGUGGAGAGAAGAUAUCGCCGUCUGAGCUGUUCCGAAGCAAACCCAAACCGGAAGUGGACAUGGAAGCGAAGGAGGCGUACAUUUCUACCAACAUGAAAGACGACAACAGUAUCCCGAUUCAUCCCUUGGUGAAACAGCAGCGAGUGACGUCACAGGAUAGUAUGCACAGCAAGCCCCGCGUGGAGUGGUCGCCGCCCGCGGAGCCGCUGGCCGAGUCCCCCGAGCCGCAGUACGAGGAGGCCGCCGACCUGUCCGCCAGCAUCGCCAAGCUUCGCUCCCUGCUGCAGCACGUGGAGAGGCCCAGCGGGAGGGAGGAGGUGUGGUGGGAGGGCGCGGAGGAGACCCGCGGCCGAGCGCAGAGGAGGCCCUCCUCCAAGCCUGUGGACACCGCCGCACUCGCCGACGAGUAUGACAUGAACUUGGAAAGGAACGCGUCACCGGGACAAACCACUAAUAAUAUGCAGAGACUUGACAAGUUGUUCACUCGCACGGUGACGGGCGUGUUCAACUCGCUGCGCACGGCGGUGGGCGCGGAGGGCGCGGAGGACGAGCAUCCUGCGCCGCGCCCGCUGCGCGACUGGACCUACGUGUGCACCUCGCCCGAGCUCAGCUUGGGCGCGGCUGUGGGCCGGUUGGUGGGCGCGCGACGCGCUUCGUGGCAAGUGGACACCGCGCUCGACUCCUUGCGCGACCUGCCCGCGCCGCCGCCGCCGCCUCUCGUACCCCUCGACUUAGAGGAGUGGUGCAGCGGCGCGGGCGCGCGCUGGUGUGGCAGCUGCGAGCUGGCGAGUGCUGCAGGUCUGGCCUCCUCGCACCUCGCCUUCCGCCUCGCCACCAUCCUUACCGCUGACGUGUCGGAGUCUCUGAUCUGCGCGUGGCUGGAGGAGCUCACGGCGUGGCUCAAGGAGCAGGUGUUCGCGCACUUCCAGCAGCUGGCUCAGCCGCUGCCGCACGCGGAGAGGACUCUGCGCCGCUUCGACGUGCACCACACGAGCCGACUCGUGGUGGAGAACAUGCCAGGUGAGCUGCACACAAGGAGCAGGUGUUUGCGCACUUCCAGCAGCUGGCUCAGCCGCUGCCGCACGCGGAGAGGACUCUGCGCCGCUUCGACGUGCACCACACGAGCCGACUCGUGGUGGAGAACAUGCCAGAAACGUAUCUGUUCAGUGAGCAGACACUUUUGGAAGCCGUCGAGCUGGUCGUGUCGAGCUUCAGCCACGCCGACAUCAACAAGGACGUAGUGUUCCGUACGCUCGACAUACUCGUCGUGCACUUCAAAAAGUCUGCAGCUCUGCGGAACCCUUCUUUUGAUAACAACUAACAAGAAUAAUUGAAACAAAUAUUAAUUUGCUAGAACUGGGUGAAUGUAACAGGGUCCUUUUUUGCUCUCUGGGCAAUAUAAUAAAUGCUUCUACGCAGAAUACCAAAUAAAACCCAGCGCAACCCACCGCAUCUUAAAAAUGUAAUAGGGUCCUAGCCCAACCCUUGUCUAAAGAGGCUAUAAAGUUGUUUAAUUCAAGUAAGUUAGCGGUUAGUCGUAGGUAAAUAAUGUUAUCUAAUGUAUAAUGUGGCUCCUAUAAGGUGCCAUGUACAGUAUUGAAAUUCUCUGUAUAUAAAGAAAAAAAAUACUCUAUAUCUCAAGACAACUGAAACCGAUUUUAAUGUCUUGUUCUUAAUGUAAAACUUUUAACCUCCUUUUUGAAGUUUGAGAAACUAACUCUUUACUUUUGCUAUUUUUCUGGUUCUUUGUUAUCGUGUUGUGCAAAUAAAGUGUAAAUAGAAUAAAAUACUUAUUUCUUGGUAUUAAGCUCUCUGUAUAACUUUUUGAUCUCAAAUAGCUUUAAUUCUCGUUUUUUUUCUGUGUAAGUAUAAGUAAUAUUGUAAUCUCUAGGAUAAGAGAAGUAAAUAAAAGACAAGUUUUACCAUAAACCAUUA